CCAUGUGUUUCACUCUCGAGACAAUUUAAACCGGUUUGACAAUGAUAUUUUCCCUCGCUGUACCCUCCAAUAAUGGCAACACUCCCCAAAUUCCAAACAAACGCCCUGUCCACUCUUCCACCGUUCCCCGCACUGUUCGAAUUCGUUCUCUGUCCACUCCAAAGCCAAACCCAAUCCCCUCUUCUCUCGCCAAUCAAUCGAAGCUCCCCCCACAAAAAGCUCCUCUCCUUCUCUCGCCAAUCACCACCGCAUUCUCUCGAUUCACCUCCUGAGCUCCUGCUUGGUGAAGAUGGGUUAACUGAUGUUUGAUUGUUGGGUCCGAAGCCGCGUGGAGAACUUGGAAAGAUUAACCAGCUAAUUGUAGCCGAAGAACAUCAUCCUUGGGGAUGGAGAAAUGCGAGGCUUACUUGCUCUUUCAUGGGGAAAUCAGCCUCAGCAGCUGGCUCCGAACUUUUCUCUACUGCUUGGGUCUUGCGUAUUGCUUCGUUGGGUUAUCAGCUAUCACUGCUCGCUUCUUCCGCUCCAUGGAGAAUGUUGUGAAGCAUUCUCGUGAGGUGGUGGAGAUUGACCCUCAUACUAAAGCUGAAGUUGUCCGCCGUGAGAAGGUUUGGAACUACACCAUCGCUGACAUAUCUCUUCUCGCAUUCGGCACCAGCUUCCCGCAGAUAUCACUGGCUACCAUUGACGCCAUUCGGAACAUUGGGAACCGUUAUGCUGGAGGGCUGGGUCCUGGAACACUUGUUGGUUCUGCUGCUUUCGAUCUUUUCCCAAUUCAUGCUGUCUGUGUCGUCGUUCCAAAAGCUGGAGAAUUGAAAAAGAUAUCAGAUCUAGGUGUUUGGUUGGUCGAGCUCUUCUGGUCUUUCUGGGCUUAUAUAUGGCUCUACAUAAUUUUGGAGGCAAGUUCAUCUGAUGCUGUCUUGUGCAGAAUAUGGAGUCCAAGUGUAAUUACUCUGUGGGAGGCCUUGCUAACGGUACUUCAAUAUGGGUUACUUCUGGCACACGCUUAUGCCCAGGACAAGCGUUGGCCUUACGUAUCGCUUCCAAUGGCAAGAGGUGAGAGGCCAGAAGAAUGGGUGCCAGAAGAAACCCCUUUGUGUAGUAACAAGAACAACACUAAUGUCUACGGCCAACAGUACCCUGACAUACUCCCCGACCCAGAAGGGAGUGGAAACGUUGUUGACAUCUUCUCCAUUCAUUCAAACAGUGAGCUAGACUCAGACUAUCGCAAUUUGUCAAGCUCUGACAUUGCUGUCGGGUGCUCAAAUGAACCUUCUAGUGAGGAGACAGAUUAUUGGUUCCUUGCUACUUGGAAACAGCAAUUUCUGGAUGCAAUCGUGUUGGAAAGGCCAGAAUCAAGAAAACUGGAGAACAUAAUCAUAAGGGGGGCAAGAAUCUCUUGGCAGUUGCUUCUCACACCAUGGAGACUUGUGUUUGCUCUCGUGCCUCCAUACCAAAUUGCUCAUGGGUGGAUAGCCUUCUUAUGCUCUUUAGCAUUUAUCAGUGGGAUAGCUUAUGUUGUCACGAGGCUCACUGAUCUCAUAAGCUGUGUCACAGGAAUAAACCCAUAUGUCAUUGCAUUGACGGCGCUGGCAAGUGGAACUUCAUGGCCGGAUCUAGUAGCAAGUAAGAUAGCUGCUGAACGUCAACUAACUGCAGAUUCUGCCAUAGCAAACAUCACUUGCAGCAAUUCUGUGAACAUAUACGUCGGGAUUGGAGUUCCAUGGCUGAUCGAUACAGCCUACAAUUUCUUGGUGUACAAGGAACCAUUGCGGAUAGAGAACGCGGAAGGACUGAGCUUCUCGUUGCUGGUUUUCUUCUGCACGUCAGUAGGUUGCAUUGGGGUUCUGGUGUUCAGGAGGUUGACCUUAGGGGCGGAGCUUGGUGGACCGAGGAUUUGGGCAUGGCUUACUAGCGGCUACUUUAUGCUGCUUUGGGUUGUUUUUGUUGUGCUCUCUUCCCUCAGAAUUUGUGGCGUCAUUUGAAAUCUUAGAAGCAGGAUCAUUGUUUGUCUGUCUGUAGCUUGAGUGUCACCUAUUCAAUUAUAUUUCUUCUCCCAGCAACAACAGAAGCAUAAUAUGUAGAGAAAUUUUAUGAGAUAACCUUCCUGUUUCAUUGUUUUCCCUUUUCUCUACCACAAAAUUAGAUACGCAGCAUAACUUCAAAUAAGAAUGAAAGAACACAUUAUAAACCACUCCAUGAUUUUUAUUUGCCAGAGAACAAAAUGUUGAACAGAGAUAUGUCAACUCAUUUGAAAACCAUAAUCGAAACUCCGUCCAUUGAUUAGCUGAAACAUAUGCAGAGGAAUCAAAUCCAUGAAUUUGUCUUCCUAUGCAACAGCAGCACCUGAACAAGCUGUGACAGGAGCUCCAUCAAUCUGCUUCUUUGUUGCGCUGUACUUCUUCGUUAUGAAUCUUUACAGGAAAUCCCUCCACAGCAACUCAAACAUCAACCAGUUCAUUCCAGUGUCUCCUGAUGGGUUGCCACUUCCAUCAUCUUUUUUGCUUGAGGCAGAUAUCAUUCUGCUACCAGUUUUCUUGAGCUCAUCAAACAUGGAACGAGGAGAGAUGCAUCCCAUGGUUAACCAUGGAGAUAUUUUGCACGAAAAGUUUGCACCAUAUAUGCUGUUGUGGUUGCCAUUGGUUCCCUUGGGUGGUUGUGCUCGACACUCCACUGCAAAUUUCUGCAACCUUUGCAGUGCUUCAGUCUCCCCUCCCACCAUAGAAGCAUAUGCUGCUGGCUUUCCAUCCUGCAUUGAGAUUGAUUAAAGGUUUUACAGAUUGACGUCUGUUCAACACAUAGACUUCGAGUUCAACCAGCGAAUAGGACUUCCUUUCCAUGUGCGCAGAGAAACAAGAGGUAUAUCCAUCCAGAACAACAAGACUUGACUUGAUGCUAGUAUUUAGUAAUCAGAUAGCUAAAAACUAAAAAGACUUCAAUCUCUAUGCAUAAAACAGAAAUCAAAUUCCCAUCGGAUAUUAACUUUGGAUGUCUAAACAUUUAGGUCAAGACAAGUGGGUUUCACAGGACUUCAACAUUGAAUUUCAGAGACACAUCUUCUAGUAUGUAAAAAUGGCAAUUGGCUUCACUUUUUCGUAUCAUCCAACUCAUACCAACAGAAUUUGGCACCACAGCAGAACACUGAGCACCACCAUCUCAAACUAAUGGAUAACUAGAGGGAAUCAUACAACAGGAAAACCAUAUAAGUAGAACAAAAAAGAACACUCAAACCUGAGUGGGGCUGCUGAGACCCAAAUCCAACAAUGUGGGGAUCUCCCCAGGCUCCACAUCUCCGGAGGAUGGAAUACCCUUCAGUUGAUCCAACGCAGCAAUCGUCUUCCUCACAUCCAACCCCUGAACUUUCUCCCUAAACCCGCCAUAAUUAGAAGGCAUCUCCUCCAGCUUGAAGGGCAAAUCAUCCAAAUGGUACAGAGUACUUCCCCAGAAGUACUUCACCUCCAAUCCUUCCUCCUUCAUCGCAGCUUCAAUCUUGUCCUCCGCCUUAACCUCAUCAUGAGACACCUCUCUAUGCGCGUAGACAGCAUCGGCUCCGACAGCUUUCGCCAAUUCGGCCAACACAGUCUCCGGCCGCCCAACCCGCACGACGAGAUCCGACCCUCUGGCCCGGAGGUUCUUCCUGAGGUCGGAAACCGAUUCGAUCACGAAAGUGGCUCGGUACGGCCCCGUCUUAUCGAACCCAGAUGAGGAUUUCCCGUACUCACGAGGGUCGAAACAGUAGACGGGCAAGAUGGAGACGGAUUCAUUGUGUGCGGAGUUGAGGGACUCGUUGUCGUGGACGCGGAGGUCGUUGCGGAACCAGACGACGGCAGCGCGGCGGAGGGCGGCGGAAUUGGAAGGGUCGGAAGGGCGGCGAGGGCCCAGGGAGAGCGUGCUGUGGAGAGGGUUGGCGGAGAUGGUGGAUUUGAAGGAGAGCCCAGCUGCGGCCGCCGGGGAGGAAGAGGAAAUGGAGAGGUGGGAAAGGGAAGCGGCCUGGGUUGGGAUUUUGACCUUGCUAGGAGAAGCAGCGGCGAAGAGCGUCUGAAUUCUGGUCGGGGUGAAGAAGUGGGUCGGGAGGAUUGUGGAGAGGGAGAUGGAGAGAGACGCGGCGGCGAAUGGCGAUGCUGCGGCGGCGGCGGCGGAGUGGGAGGUGGAAGAGCACUGUGACGGGUGAGCAAUGGCGAGCUCAUUUGGGUGUUCUUCUUCUGGGGGAGAAGAAUUGGGGACUGGAUCUUGGAGGAUUUGGCGAUUGGGAUCCAUUGGAGCUGGUUGGUGAGGUCGAGGAUAAGCUGGAGCAGCUGAUGAUAUUGAGACGAUGACUAAAGAGUCUACGAGCCAAGGAAGGAAAGGUUAGACAAAAAUGUGGAGUGUUGGACCUCCCUCCCCUUCGGCUAAUGAACCAAUGGUGUGGAUUUCUGUUGGUCUACCCCGCUUGUCCACAACGACUACCACCAACCCCAUUAGGGGUU